AUGGCUGACCCAGAGGUGGAUCCUGAAGCCAGUGCUGUGGAGGCUCCACUAGCAAACGGAGAAAAUACAGUCCCACAUGAAACGGCUGAAGACGCUGAACAAACAGACAAUGCAAAAAUCGAGGAGCUUCCUUUCACAGAUCAGAAUCAUUUAUCAUCCACUCCCAGCACCCUGGAGAACCAUGAGGGCAGCAUGUCUGUGGAAAACACCAAUAAACCCGGGUGUACGAGCACUGACGGGAUAUCAGGUCAACCAGCACAACCAUGUUCAGCAGUGCCCAUCACUAAGGUCCAGCCUUUUCUGUCAGGCGGUCUGGCCGAUGAAAAGACACUCAGAGGAUGUUUGUUUGCUCGGAGAAUGGAAAUAUUAAUCGGCGCCUGUGUGUUGCUCGCCAUCAUCUUCGUGCUGGCCGUCGGUCUGGGAGUGGGUCUGAGCUGCAGGGGGAAGUUCCGGUGCAGCUCAUCAGUGUGUGUCAGCAUCUCCGCACAGUGUGAUGGACACGUGGACUGUGAACAUGGUGAAGAUGAGCUCAGCUGUGUGCGUGUGAGUGGGAAGAGUUCAGUGCUGCAGAUUCUGACUGGAGGGGUCUGGAGUACCGUGUGCUCUGACCUCUGGGACCCUGACCUGGGAUUCUCUGCCUGCAAACAGCUGGGUUACUCCAGUCACGUGGAGUCCGGUUCCCUUCCUCUUUCCACAAUCGAACAAGACCUUCGCAUUAACCUGGUGUCCAUUAACCUGAGCCUGUCGAGUCCACUACAUGCCAUCAAGAUACACAAUGCAUCCAAUCUGAGUCAAACUAAAUGCAGUUCAGGAAGAAUCGUAACUCUAAAGUGCAUAAAAUGUGGAUCCAGACCUCAGUACAGUGCACGUAUAGUGGGGGGUAACCUCUCACGAGAGGGUCAGUUUCCCUGGCAGGUGAGUCUUCACUUUCAGAGAGAGCAUCUAUGUGGAGGCUCGAUAGUAGAAGCACAGUGGAUAUUAACAGCCGCACACUGUGUUUAUGGCUUUGCGUACCCCCAGUUGUGGUCAGUGCUCGCUGGACUAACAGAGCAGCCGGUCAGCAGUGGCAGUUAUCUCACAGUGGAGAAGAUUAUUUAUCACAGACGUUACAGACCUAAAGGCCUGGACCACGACAUCGCUCUGCUGAAACUCUCACAGCGGCUGAACUUCAACGGUUUCAUCGAGCCCAUCUGCCUGCCAAGCUUUUUCGAGGAGUUUGAGGAUGGGAAGAUGUGCUGGAUCUCAGGAUGGGGAGCCACCGAGGACGGAGGUGAAGCCAGCGUGUCUCUGCAUUCUGCCAGGGUGCCGCUGAUCUCCACGAAGGCCUGCAGCCAGCCUGAAGUCUACCAAGGCUACAUCUCCCCCGGAAUGAUCUGUGCUGGAUACCUGGACGGAGGAACGGACUCCUGUCAGGGGGACAGUGGUGGUCCUCUGGCCUGUGAGGACUCUGUGUGGAAGCUGGUGGGGACGACAAGCUGGGGUCAGGGCUGUGCCGAGAGAAACAAACCUGGAGUUUAUACACGGAUCACACAAGCUCUCACCUGGAUCCACCAGCAGAUGGAGAGAGAAGAAACACUGAACCCGUCGCCUAUCAGUUCAGACAACUCAGACAGCAGCCAGCCAAAUCUGACUCUUCCAAGAUGAAAUUGAUCUGUCUAGAUCUGCAUCAGCUCUCUACUAAAAUUAGUUUCAAAAUAAAAACAUUUUAUUGC